AUGCGGGUGCGCGCGACGGAGGGUGAUGCCGAGCCCUCCAACGCGGAGCCGGAGGAGGAGUUCGUGCCGAUGCAGCCGCCGCUGGCGACGGACAAGCCCAACCCGUGGAAGGCGAUGGAGGUGACGUCGGUGGGCCCGGAGCUGAUCAACGGGCGCAUGGCGAUGGUGGCGUUCGUGGCGCUGCUGGGCGCGGAGCUGUCGACGCACGAGACGCUGGUGCAGCAGUUCAUGGAGGCGAAGAACGAGGUGGGGCUGCUGGUGGCGCUCUUCACGGUGGCGACGCUGGUGCCGCUGUGGCGCGGCGCGGACGGCAAGGCCGUGGGCCCGCUCAACCGCCAGGCUGAGAUCUGGAACGGGCGCGCGGCCAUGAUCGGCUUCGCGGCGACGAUGUGGAUCGAGCUGAACACGGGCCACGCGCUCUUCUAA